AUGAAGUUAAAAAGAAGCCCAACCGAUUCUGACUGGCAGUUUUUUCUUUAUAUUGCCAAUUCGAAUGAGGAGAAGAUUAUGCCUUUGAUGAAAGAGAUGACAAAAAUGAAUCCACCAAGCCAAGACUCACACAACUUUGUUCAGCCUCAUCUGGCCCAUAAUGCUAAACAACUUCAGUUCAUCCGCUCCUGUUUUGCUGCCAUUGCUGGAUCGGCUGCUGGUAUUCUAGGCUUUACAAACUGGUCCGGGUUUCUGUUUUACGCACUCGGAUGGUCUAUCUUGUCUGCGUUUGUGGUUAUAUUCAGUUGUGGAAGCAAGCCAUCACGUUUCUUUGUUCAUGGCUGGAGGGAUCUGGUUAUAGAUGGUGCGAUGAAUGGAAUGCUGUCGUAUACUUUGUUUCACACACUAUUGUAUGGUCUGGUACAUCUCUAUCAAUAAAUAAUAAUAAUACAUAC